CGUAUCGAAAGUAAACUCAAAGAGUAGUCACCUGGAACAGCCAUUUUGCUAAGUGUGUUCAUUUUUACUUUGUGAAUGGAGAUCUGAGUGUUUGGUCCAGCCUUUCUUGGUCAUUGUGGUAGUUCCACAGUUUGGAUAACCUUCACUCAGAGAGUCUUCAAGUCUCAUCAACAGGUUUCCACUCUUGGCAGCAAAAGCUUUCCUCCACAGUCGGCAGAAGAACUCUGAGUGCAGGAACACCACCAGUUUCCAGAGGUAUGUUGUUUUUCAGAAUGCUCCAUUGUCUUUCUGCCUCCAUGUCUUGUCUUCUGUUUGAUGUAGCUUCUCGUCUGUGGACUCUUGUUCCAAAAAUUACAGCCGACAAACUAAAAUGAACUGCAGCCGAUCUCAUAAUAGCUCAUGGGGUGAUCUGUCGUAUUUAACUGCUGAAUUUCCUCAGAAGUGUCAGAAUGACCACAAAGAAAGUCAACCUCACUCAUAUAAACAGACCAGAUGAAAAUGUCACAGAAUGGAGAUCCAUAAUGCAGGAAGCAAAAUGUCUGUUUCAGGCAGAUGUCUGUAUUUAACAUCAGAAACAAACAUUUAACAAGAUUAAUGUAAAAAAUCAUCUUACUUUAAAAAACUGCACUCAUGCUGUUUUGUGUGACUCAACAAAGUCAGAGAUUACAGAGCAUAGACUGUCUAAACGUAGACUGUCUUUCUUACACAGUCUGUGUUACAAAGUUAGCAUUAAAGCCACAUUAGCUACAUUAAUUGGAAAUAAACCGGUACUCUCUGACACCAGUGUUUGUUGUAGUUGCAAUCUGUUGGUCAUAAAACUAAGCUGAAGGGUCUCAAGAAACGUAAAAGAAGGAAAGGGAACCAAAACUGCCUUUUCUGUGUGAAACGUAAUUUAUUAGAUUUAUAUUACUUUGAUUUUUCUCUCUAAAAACAUAGACAGACCACUGGUUUAUACAGAUACAGAGUCCGUACAGUACUAACCUUAAACUGCCAUUUUUGAUUUUUACAUUACUUUGACUAAAUCUAAUUUUGAUUGUGAUUUUGCACCCAGGCGCACAAGUUUAUCUAGCACGAUACAAGAUUUAAAGGAUACAGAUGGACUUAUUGUACAUGCAUGUUAUAGUUGAUGAAACCCAUAAGAAUGCAAACUUGGUUGCAUUUACUGUUCUUUUGGAAAUUCUCUUUGUCUCUGUAGCAACCAUAAGAACUGUUAAGAAUUAAGUUUUCCAAAAGAACAUCACCAACCAUCAAGACAAUGACAUGCAAGUGACACACACCUCAUAUCACACUGAUUUAGUUACACUAGACACUAGGAAGGACUGGAAGAUGUAGAUUACAUAUAUGUAUAAUUCAUUUUAAAGAGCAGGUAAUUUUCUUAAACAGCUGGAAUCUAGUUUUUAUGAAACUUUACUCAAACUGAAGGAAAUUUGUUGAAUUAUUUUCAGGUGUAGAUUUGGUUUGAGUAUUUUUGGUAACAUGGGUUAGAUUUAAAUAACUUAAAUUUGAAUGUUCACUUUAAUGGUGGUACACAGGUGUAAGUGUGUCGGUUGCUGAUGCUUUAAACUAAUUUGGAGCUCUUUGUAACAGGAAUAAGAGGCUACAGAGCUGACAUUUGCUGGCAGGAUCGAUUAGAAGGAUCACGGUGAUUUGAAACUAUUAAAUAUCCCUGGACUAAAUGUUCAUAGUGUGUCCUUUAUGUCCCAGUUUUACUUGUCUGUCUUGAGAAAAGAGAGCCCUGCUGUGUUGAAAUGUUAAAUUGUGUAAAUGUGGUGCAUAUUCUAAACACACAACGGUCCUCAGGUGCAAAAUUCACAAAAAAAACUCUUAGUUUCAGUUGAGCACGGCAACCAAUUUUCUCCUCGCAGCAUGAUAAUGAGAUGAUUAAAUAAAAUUAGUUGUUGUUUUUGCUGAUUUAAAUUUUAAAAAAACUACCAAUGACAAAAAUACACGUUUUUGAUGUGGACAUUAUUUACAGAUUUAUUUUUUUUUUUUGCAGUUAAAUUUUUUUUUUUUUAAAAUGUUGUUAUAUUAGUUCUAACUCCAGUUAGUUAGACUUGAUCGUCAUCCUUUAAAAAGCCCCGAACAUGCAGGUGUCAUGCAUAACCAGGCUGUUGUGAUGUCUCUACCGAACAUGCGCAACAGAUUUAAAGCCCGCCUUAUUGGCACACAGUUCGACCAAUCACAGCGAAGCACCGGCACCGUUCAGCCAAUCGCAAUAAACGACGCUGGAUUCGACCGUCCUGCAGCUGAGCUAUAAUUCAGAGACAAAUACUGAGGCCUUCCUCCUCCUCCUCCUCCUCCUCCUCUCUGCAGCAGCAGUCAGUCCUCCUCAUCAUGGCUUCUGGAGCUUUAUUCCCCAGCAUGGUGUCUGGGUCCCGCGGCUCCUCCAGCAAGUACCUGGUGGAGUUUCGAGCCGGUAAGAUGACCAUGAAGGGCAGCACGGUGACCCCCGACAAGCGUAAAGGUCAAGUCUACAUCCAGCAGACCGACGACUCCCUCAUCCACUUCUGCUGGAAGGAUCGGACAACUGGGAAUGUGGACGAUGACCUGAUCAUCUUCCCUGAUGACUGUGAGUUCAAACGGGUGAACCAGUGCACCACUGGGAGAGUUUAUGUGCUGAAGUUCAAGGCCGGGUCCAAAAGACUCUUCUUCUGGAUGCAGGAGCCAAAGACUGACAAGGAUGAGGAGUACUGCCGUAAAGUGAACGAGUAUCUGAACAACCCGCCGAUGCCUGGAGCUCUCGGCAGCGGCGGCAGCGGAGGACACGAUUUGUCCGCACUGGGAGGUGAAGGCGGUCUGCAGAGUCUUCUGGGUAACAUGAGCCACAACCAGCUCAUGCAGCUCAUUGGACCAACCGGCCUUGGGGGGAUUGGUGGUCUCGGGGCUCUGGCCGGUCCAGGCUUGGCCAACCUUUUGGGCAGCAGCAGCAGCAGCAGCGUUCCUGCCGCCAGCAACUCCUCCACAAGUCCGUCUACAGCCAUCACCCCGACCUCCACCUCUGCUGCCAGCCGGCUCGGCUCCUCCCAGGUGCCCACCACCCCCAUCACUCCCUCCGCCACCUCGGUCGCCUCCCCCACGGCCACCACCCCUUCCACCCCUGCCGUGUCCUCUCUGGCGGCGGGAGCAGCCAACCCCACGCAGCCCAUCCAGCUGAGAGACCUGCAGAGCAUCCUGGCCACCAUGAACGUCCCUGCUAGCAGCCAGGGAGUGGACCUGGCCAGCGUCCUGACGCCUGAGAUCAUGGCUCCCAUCCUGGCCAACCCUGAGGUGCAGCAGAGGUUGAUGCCAUAUCUGCCGUCCGGAGAAUCUCUGCCUCAGAGCUCCGAGGAGCUUCACAACACACUCAGCUCGCCUCAGUUUCAGCAGGCUAUGAGCAUGUUCAGCAGCGCUCUGGCAUCGGGGCAGUUAGGUCCUCUAAUGAACCAGUUCGGUUUGCCUGCAGAGGCUGUCGAUGCGGCUAACAAAGGAGAUGUGGAGGCUUUUGCAAAAGCCAUGGAGACGGAGACAAAGUCGGACCAGGACGGCGACUCCAAAGACAAGAAGGACGACGAUGAAGAUAUGAGUUUGGAUUAAGUGCUCUUCAAAGAAAACUACCAUUAUUUAAUGUAUUUAUUAGCUACUUCUGUUUUGUUACGAUCACACAUUAAGGAUAAAGAUUAUGGUUAAUAGGCUAUGAGGUGCGAUCAAAAAGUUCUGAAACUGUUCACCUGACCGUGCAAUGCAACAGGAGCCAAGAUUCGUAGUGGCAUUGUGUAUUACGAGUGUUUUUUGUGAUCACUGCCGUUUCACUAUGAACCUCAAAGAGGAGCAGACAUCACAUUCUUCUCCAGUCAAGAGUCGAGGACGAGCCAACCUUAAUGAUGAGGAUCAUCACUGGGGACAAGAGGAGGGUCUGCAGCUACCACCCACCGAUCAGAGAACCUCGAUGACAGAAGCACAUCUAGCAGGUCAGGAAUACACUAAAAAUACACGUUGCUUUCUGUGACAUUCACUGGGUUUUCCAUCCAUCCAUCAUCUAUACACAGCCUAAUCCUCAUUAGGGUCACGGUGGUGCUGGAGCCUAUCCCAGCUGACUUGGGGUGAAGGCAGGGGACACCCUGGACAGGUCGCCAGUCUGUCACAGGGCUACAUAUUGAGACAAACAAUCACUCUCACAUUCACACCUACAGGCAAUUUAGAGUAAUCAAUUAACCUCAGCAUAUUUUUGUACUGUGGGAGGAAGCCGGAGGACCUUGAAAAAACCCACGCAUGCGCAGGGAGAACAUGCAAACUCCAUGCAGAAAGAUCCCAGGACGGAUGCAAACCAUGGAUCUUCUAGCUGCAAGUCAAAAGUGCUAUCCACCAAGCCACUAUGCAGCCAUUCACGGGGUUUUGUGCCAUGAAUUAGUCCCCCAGGAUUAGACUGACAACAAAGAGUUUGACUGUAACAUCCAGAUGAUUCGGUACAAACAACCUGAGCUAUGGCAUAGUGGCCUUCGGGUUCUUAAGGUAUUUUCGCCACAAAAACACAAUCGGUUUUCCUGACUUGUCCUCCUCACCAGAUUUGGCUCCCUAUGACUUCCUCCUCUUCACCAAAAUGAAAUUGAAGUUGAAGGGUUGCGGUUUUGAUAAAGAUUCAGUGCUCACUGAGGUUGAUGCUAGACAUGCUUUAAAAGCUUGUACCAAAUGUGGCAGGAACAUGUGGAGCAGUGGAUCACUGCACAAGACAACUCAAAAGGAGGCGGUGGCCAUAUUUAACCCUCCUGCUGUCCUAAUUCACAGGCACCAAAAAAUAUUGUUUCUUUGUCUGAAAAAAAUCCAAAAAUUCAGCAAAAAAAUUCCCCAAAUUUCAGAAAAUUUGCAAAACCUUCAGGAAGGAAAUCCCAAUAAUUCCUUAAAAGUUUCCCUUGAAAGUUUUAUUUUAAAAAAAAAAAAAAAAAAAAAAAAGUCCCACAAAUUUGGCAAGAAAAUUCUUGUAAAUAUUUUCCAGAAAUGAGUAAAAAUCUUCCAAAGAAACCUUAAAAAUAUCUAAAGUGAUUACAGAUAUAUCGGUAAAACUUGUAAUAUUUUCUUAAGAACAUUCACAAAAAAAUCAACCAAAAUCCAGUGAAUUUUGCUGGAUUUUGGUUGAUUUUUUUGUGAAUGUUCUUAAGAAACAUUUUUUUCACUGAAAAAUGUUCAAAGAUUUCCCAAAAAUGUUGAAAAUGUGGACAUCAGAAGUUUCACUGAGAAAAUAUAUUUUUUUCACAUUUUCAAACUUUAAACCGGGUAAAUUUUGACCCGCGAUUUAACAAGGGUUAAAUUGGGUACAGUUCUUGCUUUUAAAGGUACAGAACCUUUUGAUCACACCUCAUAUAGUAAAAACUAACUAAUAGUGCUGUGUUGAAUUAACCUCUCCUGAUUGAAAGAACAUGUGUUCUACCUGCAUGUCACCUACUAACCUAGCCUAAUAAAAAGGCAACAGUAAAAUGACAAA